AUGUCUUCAGCACGACUUGUUCUCAGAUCGAUGCGCGCCGCACCGCGCAUCGUACGUCCCUUCAGCUCGGCCUCUGCUCGUUUCGCCUACACCCCUGCCACCGAUGAGAAUGUCGAAUUUUACCGCAAGGCCCAGAUGGAGAAGCCUCUCAACCCUCAUCUGACCAACACCACCUCGACUGUGGCCAAUGAGAUGCCCAGCAUCGGCAAGGACAAUGCCCCACCAGAGUUCAUCACCAGUGUCGAUCCCGAUUUCACCGCAAAGGACUCUGUGCCCGAGAACACAGAGAGAAUGACCGGAGGCACUCAGUCACAGCCUGAGUCUGGCGUCAAUGCCGAUCUUCAAGUAGGUGAACUCGAGGGAGGCUCCUUCCGUGUCGAGCCUUUGAGGAGGACAGGCGAGGACACCAACACCACCAGAGCUAGACUUUUAUACCAAAGCAGAAAAAGAGGCACGCUAGAGAGUGAUCUCCUCAUGUCCACCUUUGCCGAUCGCUACCUCGAACACAUGACUGCAAAGCAACUUCAACAGUACGAUCUCUUCCUCGAUGAGAAUGACUGGGACAUUUACUAUUGGGCUACUCAGGAGCCUACACCUACGUCCAUGGAAUACGCCGAGGGAGGUGGUCCUGAUCAGGCUACACCUGCAGCACAAGGCAAGGCUGCCAAGGAUCAGGUCGUUCGUCCUCCUGGCACUGGUGAAUGGGCUCAAACCGUCGGUCUCUUCAAGCCCGCGUACCGUCCCGUUCCUCAGCGAUGGAAGAACUCCGAGGUCCUGGCCAUGUUGAGACAACACGUCAAGGACCGCAGCGCUGGAGGAGUGCUCGAAGGUGAUAAAUCUGGCGAGGCCGAGCCAGACAGCAAGAGUGGUCAAGGCAUGGCUUUCAUGCCUGAGCUCAAGAACCUUGACAAGUAGAUUUUGACUGUCUCUUUCACGUAAAUAACCAUGCACAUGCAUAAUCGCUCUCUAAGAGUUUGGUAUACCACUUUUGUCACCGAAACUCACUCUCUCGAUCGAUCUAUGGAAAACUCAAGCACUUGCCGCAUUCGCAUACAAAGAACCCGGGUGGUAGGCAAGCACUUGGCACGGCCGUCGAUACAUUCCAUGACGAAGGAUCACAUUCCACAAGUGCCGUAUCCGGGCCGAGUUUCUGUCGAACCGCACGAUGAGGAUGGGGUAUCAUGCAGAGCAGCACGCCGUCCUUGAUGCUGGUGAGAGUGUCCUCUUGAUAGUAUAGUAUGAACCGGGAAAAGUUACAACCAGCGGUGUACUUCGUUGACACGCUGCAACUCUCGCUGCUUCACCUCUCAUCUAACCGGGGGGUGGGGACGGAGGAAUGUAAUUUUUUGAACAAAGGAAGUACCAACCACCACGAGACAUAUA